GUUUACACUUACUCUAUCUUCUUUAAGAUUAAAAUGAAAGAAUGAUGAAAAUCUGGUUCUUGGUCGGACUCUGCUUCUAUCUUCCAAGUGAAGCGUCAGGGUACACCUGGAUAAAAGGGACUGCUUCCUAUCCUGCUCCUUGUCCUGGCAGAUAUUGUGGGAGAACUCAAAUUGGUGACGGUAACUACAGUACCUGUGGUUCCUGUCCUCGAGGCUCCAAAGUUCUCAAUCCGGAGAAAUCCUCGCUAUGUUCCCCCUGUACUCAGAAUCCUUCUUUUUAUGAUCAACUCUAUCUUGCGUUUAUAGUUGUUACCUCCCUUCUCUCUCAUUGGGUAGCUAUAGAUUACAGCGCUAAACGGAACCGAUUUACCCUGGACAUUCUUGUUCUCCACGGUUCGGCGUUGGUGGAAACCGCGGCUGCUGCACUUGGAGCUCUCUUGGUCUCACAGCCCGUUGGUCAGCUUAGUCUUUACUCCUGUUCUGUAACUAGGCUAUCUGACUGGUAUCCUGUAUUCUUUAAUCCAGUUCCAAACUACGAGGAGAAGCUAUACUGUACUCAGGAGAUUGUUUUCCCUCUUUAUUCAAUCGUCUUUAUUUUCUACUUCCUCUCCUUACUCGCCCUGCUGGUAGUGCGACCCUGCCUGUCCAGCAAGUUCCUCCCUGGCCGUGGUAGGAACUCUGUGUACGCUGCUUUAUAUUUCCUGCCAGGUUAUGCUCUCCUGCAUGCCCUGCUUGGCGGCCUCAUCUACUACAGUUUCUCGUACAUAAUAAUAAUCUUGAGUUUAAUCUCUUGUGCUGCCCACCUAGCUUUCAAGCUAGAUCAGACCCUGGUAGCCCUUGUCACCUCUACAGUCAAAGAUACAAGGAACCUCGUCAUUUUACUGGGACAUUGGUGUUUGCAUGCCUAUGGCAUUAUUGCAGUUACUCAGCUUAAGGAUACCUACCAGUUUGGUUUGCUGGGAUUGGUUCCUCUUCCUGCUCUCUUCUAUGUUCUAACUGCCAGGUUUACUGAUCCAAACAAAAUCAACGCCAUCUAUGAAGACGAUUAAUCAAUGGAUCUAGGACCUAUCAAAUCAAUCAGUUUAGAAUUUAAUCAAUUAUUUACAAUGUGAUCAAAUAAUAAUUUUUUCUUCUAUUUAUUUUCGCAAUAUUGGUAUUCAACUAAUUUGACGACAAAUUAAUUUCUUUAUUUCAGUCAAUCUUGGACAUGAAAGUACUUUCAGAUGAUCAAUAGAGCAAUCACACAAUCAAUAAAUCAUCAAAUUGAUGAACACCUCGUAUUUCACACUGAAAAAACACCUUAAA